AGACCUUGCGCACUCGGCUUGUCUUUCCCGCACCAUCUGCAGGCAUGGAUGUUAAACUGGAUCUGACUGUACUCGUUUUAAUCCUACUUGCUCUUGUUCCUUUUGGAUGUGUGCCAUCAGUCCCUCUCCAGAGACCGAGACGUCAGACCUCAACAGCAAAACCAGCACUCAAGGUGUUGGAUUACCAUGUGCGGUGUUCUGUAGUGUCUCGCUAUGCUGUAACCACAGUGGAAAGCACUGUAUGGAACCAACUGCACAUUACUAAAGAGGCUGCCUUUGAGGUGGAUUUAUCUUCAUCUGCAUUUAUUUCCAACUUUACCAUUACCUCAAAUGGUAAGGUGUAUGUGGCUCAGGUGAAGAGGAGAACUGAUGCCAGGAAGAUCUAUGACACCGCUAAGAAGCAGGGGAAAACAGCAGGGCUCGUUGCUACCAAGGAACGUGAGAUAGAGAAGUUCCGUGUCGCAGUCAACGUGCCUCCUGGAGCUCGUGUCUCAUUCUCACUGACGUAUGAGGAGCUGUUAUCACGACGUUUCGGCCGUUAUGAGCUGUCUCUGGGUCUACGGCCUGGUCAGCCUGUGCAGAACGUCUCCUUGGAUGUCAGCAUAUCAGAGCGGACAGGCAUUAGCUUUAUCAGAGCUCUGCCACUGAGAACCAGCAGACUUCUAACCAAAAAUGCUCAAGUGGAUGCGGAUCCUCCUCCAUCAACCAAGGUCAAGCAGAAUCCUUACUGCGCACAUGUGCACUAUACUCCCACCAUACAGCAACAGAAGAACAUCUCCCCCAGAGGUCUCAGUGCAGACUUCAUCAUUCAGUAUGACGUGGAGCUCAAAGACCCCAUGGGGGACAUCCAGGUGGAUGAUGGCUACUUUGUUCACUACUUUGCACCUCGAGGGCUUCCUGUAGUUCCUAAAGAUGUCAUCUUUGUCAUUGACAUCAGCGGCUCUAUGAUUGGCACAAAAAUCAAGCAGACAAAGGCAGCCAUGAUCACUAUACUGAGUGAUUUACGUGAGGGAGAUUACUUCAAUCUCAUCACUUUCUCAGAUAAGGUCCACACCUGGAAGAAAGGCCGCACUGUCCGGGCAACUCGGCAAAAUGUGCGGGAUGCCAAGGAAUUUGUCAGGAGGAUAAUCGCAGAGGGCUGGACAAACAUCAAUGCAGCUCUGUUGUCUGCUGCACAGUUGCUAAAUCCAUCCUCACGCUCAUCUUCAUCCACUGAUAAUGUGGCUUCAUCUCACCGUGUUCCCAUGAUCAUCUUCCUGACUGAUGGGGAAGCCACUAUUGGGGAGACAGAACCAGAUGUGAUUCUGCACAAUGCACAGAAUGCUUUGGGUUUAGCAUCGUUAUUUGGCCUGGCCUUCGGAGAUGAUGCUGAUUUUCCCAUGUUGAGGAGGCUGGCAUUGGAGAAUCGUGGUGUGGCUCGGAUGGUAUAUGAGGAUGAUGAUGCAGCUGUCCAGCUGAAAGAUUUCUAUGAUGAAGUUGCCAGCCCUCUGCUUUCAGAUAUCCAGCUGUCCUAUCUAGACGAUCAGGUGUACGAUAUCACUCGCUCUCUGUUCCCCAACUACUUCCAGGGCUCUGAAUUGGUAGUCACGGGCCGACUUAAGCCAGGUGUACAGGAUCUAAAGCUUAUGCUAACAGCAAACGAUUCAAAGCAGAAGGUCAAAGUGGAGAAUGAGCUACCAUUGGCCAAAGCAGUUGUAAAUGGCACAGAACCAUCUCUGGGGUGUGCACAGGUACUGGAUGGCAUUCCUAGCAUUGUGCAUCGGCUCUGGGCUUAUUUCACAAUCAAAGAGUUGCUCUUGGCUAAAAUUAACACCUCGGAUGUGUUCAUACAGCGACUUCUUGUAGAUAAAGCCACCAAUCUUUCAUUGAAGUAUAAUUUUGUAACACCGGUCACAUCGUUGGUUGUGAUUAAACCAGAUAUCGAUGAACCAGAACCUACUAUUAGCUCUUCUGUUGUGGCCACAACUAGCAAAAUGUCUACUAGUGCUGUAGCAGGUUCUACAAACGUGACUAAUCAGACCUCUCACACUGCACCUAAAGUGUCUUCCACGUCUCCAACAGGGAAAAAAUCCAGCUCGUUCUCACCUCCAAAAACAAGCAAACCUCCUGUCACCAAAUCAGUACGAGCACAUCCACCACCCUCAGGGCUUCACACCACAGGUCGGCCUCCUAACUCUUCUGUUUCCCUUAACAAAACAGUCUCCCCUCCAUCACCUAAGAAGACCACUACAGGACCACUUAAGACCACCUCUACCCCGCUUUUCAGCAAAUCAUCCUCCUCGCCUACAAGCACCCUCAAAACCACACCAGCCUCGGCUAAAAUUUCAAACACACCUGUCAGUACAGUGAAAACCACUUCUUCCUCUUCACCAGUCAAAAGCAUAAUGUUAGCCUCCUUGCUCAAAACUGCACCAUCUGUGGUGAAAGACUCUUCGGAUGUUGAGAACUCUACCACCUCAGGGCUCAAAACGCUUGAGCAGGGCAAACAAACAUUAACUUCCACAGCAUCUACCACAGACGCUAAUUCAGACAUUCAGGUUGAACUGGAAGUGGCCACACUGAUGACUCCUUCGUUUCUGCCUAUGCCAGGAAUGACAGAUGCACCAAAGUUGUGGGAAGCCGCUCGUUUUCUGGAUGUGUCCUCAUCUAUCCAGAUUCAAAGGAAAGAUAUUGAACUUCUUAAAGAUUAUGAUACAGCACAUGACUACGACUAUGACUACAACAUUCAUUAUGAGUCAUAUUCCGAUGCUGAGGUGUCUGACCCAGAUAACCAAUCCAGUUUAAGCUCAAUUAGAGUAUUCUCCUCCUCAGUGGAUGGAGACCCACAUUUUGUCGUUCAGCUUCCAAAGCUCCACCAGAACUUGUGUUUUACCAUCGAUGGCAGGGCUGAUGAUGUACUGCGGCUUCUUGUGGACCCAGACAAAGGCAUUAUUGUGGAUGGGCAUUUAAUGCUGGCUCCAUCUAAAGAGGAGCUGGAGAAUCGUACUCGUACCUUCUUCGACAAGAUUUCCAUCACUGCAGCCAAAGGUGCCAUUAUGAUCACAAUAACACUGGACACGGUGCAAGUGGAAAUGGAUGGGAAGGAAAUUGAAUUGCUGCCUACCAAUCAGAGAGGAUCUGUGGAGCGGCAUGGCAUGAGAAUUAUGGUUGAAGAACAUCACAGCUGUUGGAUUGAGCUCGGGGUUGGUGUGCAGUUCCUCAUUCUCUUCCAUCGCUACAACCAUCCCAAAUACUUUCAAAUGGAGCACCUGGGCUUCUAUAUUGCAGAUGGAAAAGGGCUUUCUCAUCUCACUCAAGGGCUGUUGGGUCAGUUUCAGCAUACUCUUAUGGAAGUCAUAAGGGUUUCAGGGGAUCAAGCUGGUUUCCAUCACGGACAAACAAAUAAAAACACUUCACUGGCCAUGGGUUUGUUAAAGAAAGGAGAUGAGCAUUUUCCUGUCACUCUGCAAGACAAGAUUCUGAAGGACUCGUCCAGGAAGCGACACUCGGCUCAGUGUUGGGUAGUGCCAAAGGUGGAUGUAGAGAGGCUUCUGGGCAAGUCAUAUGAGAGCUAUGUUGUGGAACACCAAUAGAUAACCUUACCAGACCACGUCUCCCCAUCUACAGUGUUAUAAAGGUACGGAAAAGACACUGGAACUUGAAGCUUUUUUUUUUUUUUUUUUUUUUGGAAAGUGAAAAAACACCUGAUGGGAGAGAGAAUAGGAAUAUACACAAGCUGUGAUGAACUGAAGGAUUUUUCUGAAGCAUUGGCUAUAAGUAAUAUUGACUAAUAUUGAAUAUUUGCAUUUGAACAUAAUGGUACAAUACCCUUUAAAGAUUUGUUUUUCAAAGAAAUUGCAACAAAAAAAUCUGAGUAAUCACAGGAAUAAAUAAAAUGUUAAAGUAUAUUUACAAUUUUAAAUCCUAUGGUAAAAAAUGUGUUUGUGUGUGUGUGUGUAUAUAUCACACUCACGCUGAGCAUAAAAAUGUCUUUCAAAAACAGAAAAUCUUGCUGAUAUAAGUGCAUUUUUAGCAGUAAAUUAACUAUUUAAUUAUUAAUAUUUAAUGUUCAUUGAGAUGAGAUACAAAAAUUCACAGUAAUCAAAUAUUUUCUCUAAUCUUCCAGCUAUUUUUCAUAAAUAUAUAUGUGUACAUAUAUGCCUUCAUUUAAAAUAUAAUACAGGAAUUGUGUAAAGCUAUUAUAUAAUAUUGUAUAUUAGUAAUGAGUAUUGAAUGCUUUACUUUGUCCUGUUAGGAAAGGUAAUCUUUCUUUAUGUGCCAAUAACCAAACAUAACCAAAGAAAGAUUGAGUUUCAUUUUGUUCAUAUUUAUUUUUGUUGCACAAGACUGCUCAAACACGAGAUGAAAUUCACAACUUAAAAUUGUCGAGUUUGUGUGUCAGUUUUUUUUUUAAGGUGUUUAGUUGUUUCAACAUUGAAAAUGAAAGACAAAAUGAAAAUAAAUACAGUACAAAACAGUUAAUCCAAACAUAUGCGACAAUAUGCUGGAAAGGUGCAAAAGAUAACAAAUAUAGCAAUGCAGCGUAAUUCUAUUUGAUUCCAGUUAUCAUUAAUUCACAAUCUAAUUUGUGCACUAUAAGGAAGAGAGUUCAAGACCUUUAUGCUUCUAUGUGAAUCUAUAAGGCCAUAAGUGACUUUGGCCCAAUAAAAUUCAAGAAUGUAAUGAAACUGUCACACUCCUUGUUUUACAUUAAAAAUAAAGAGAAAGGAGGAAGAGGAGGAGGAGGAGGAGGGGGACUACAGUCAAAGGCUUUUUUCUCAGCAAAGGCGAGUAUGGAAAACAUGAGAAUGCUUGUAUAUUCUACACUGAAAGCUGUACAGUGAGAGUUCAAACAGCACACCAUUACCAUCUGCUCCAGACUAGCGUCUACUAUAACUACUGAUGGCAAUUCAAAUCAUUUCAAAACAAAAACGAGCAUGAUUAAGAGAUAUAAUGGUGAAAAUGACCAGUCAUAGAUCAAUGCUAAGUUUGUAAUCUUGUGGUUUCUAACAGCCAGGUGUAAAUGCAGAGACUACAUGUGUCGAUCACCGAUAAAAACAGAAAUCAAAGACGCAGGCCGAUUGCAUGAUGCAGUGAGAAUCUUAACAGUGCACAGGGGGGAGGCAUAGUGUUCAUCACAAGUCAAAGUUAGAGCAUGUAUGCAUUUAGUAGACUGGAGUCAGCCCGGUUUACCAACGGAUAUGGCUACUAUCAAA